AUGCUCAAUGGAGCGACGGCUGGCUGGAAUGGUCAACCACAUUGCAUGAGUGACCCACCACAGGCGGGCACGAUCUUUGGUCAUCCCCGAUCCCUUGGCGGCGCCUCUCCAUCAUCAGAACUCUUGGUGACGACGCCGCAAUCGCCCGCCGUGGUCUCUCGGACUGCGGCCUCUUCCCACCCACCAUCAUUAUGGCGGCGACGAUUUGCAAUGUUGUUUGAUAUCGACCCGAUGAUCCUCACCACAUUGUGA